AUGAUUAGAAAUACAUUAAAAUUACUCAGAUCUGCAGCUUCACCAGCUCAAGCAGCUGUUGCACCAGCAGCCGUUCACCUCACCCCAAUGGAACAAUUCCUUUCACAAGAGAAUCUCCAAUCUAUUGUCAUUCCAGAGGUUGUUCGUCCAGCCAAUCUCGACCAACUCCCAGACGAGGAAUUCGAAGUCUACUUUGAAAAGCUCAUGAACAACCCAUUGCUCCAAGUCGAUCCAGAGCUCACCAAGGCUUACCGUGACUAUGAAAACUCAUUCAAGGAGUUUGAGAACCUCGAAAUCCUUCCACAUCUCCCAGAACAAGACUCUGAGAUCAACUGGGAGUUCAAAAAGAACUUUAUCGACGCUCACAUUGUCGAUGGUUUCAAGGCUUCACUCGAGAAAUCUCUUGAAUCAAUCGACGCUUGGGAAGCUGAAGAACAAAAGAAGCUCCUUGCUGUUGAAUCAACUAUCGAUGCUACCAUAGAGAUAGCGAGUCAUUGUAUAGAAGAGAAAAGAAAUCAUCAUCAUCAUCAUAAACAUCAUCACAGUCAGAAAGAUAAAUAUAAAGAUAAAGAUAUACAGACAGACAGACAGAAACAAACAGCAACAGCAACAGCAAAAGAAGAAAGAAAAGAUACAGAUAUUGCUGACUUUAGCGCAGUCAUCCCAACCGUUGAUGCCAACCUUAAGGCCAUCCAAGCCAAGUUGGCCGAAGUCGAAGACUUUAAGAACAGACUCCUCACCAUCACCAUGGAAGAGAUCCUCGACAAGAACCCGGACAUUGAAGAAUCAGUCUACCAAGACAUCACCCAAUCAGAAUGGAUGAUCAAGGAUACAGUUGGCGACGACACCAUUUAUAACCUUAAGCACCAUGCUGGUGGUCAUUAA